UCUACCAAGACUAUGUGCUACCCACUCUGCAAAGAAAAGUGUGGUAUGGUUGUGGAAAAUACACUAGAAUAGGCAUACUCAGGGUUAGGGAUUAUGCGAGAGUCAUCACGUAGGCAGCCUUCUUGUUCAUGAAAUGCAAACAGCAUCACAUAAGAUCUUCAGAUCUUCAGCCUUCCUUCUUCUUCACCACCUGCAGUGACUUUGAGUAUCCCAGACUUACUAUGUUGCACUUUUUUCAUGUCUAAGUGAAGGCAUGUAUGUCUCUUUAGAGCUUCUAGUUUCAUUGUGUGAGUCUGCUGUCCUCCCUGACUGUUGGGUGCUGCAUAUGGUGGCUGCUCAGAUCACAACAUACUUGUUGUGCAUUUUGUUUUUCAGGGUCGCAGUCUUACUUUUCACCACUGGAUCAUCUCUUGGUUGCAAGAGAUUCUUGCUUUCUGACAUUGUUUCCAUCGUCAGUUGGGUAUGUAAAAAGUGUGUGAUGCAUGGAUUGUCGAGUAAGUUUUAUGGGUCGUGGGUGUUACUGAAGUGGAGCCUCCUCUGAAGUGGAAACAGAACAAGCGAGGGUGGGCAGAUCUUGUAUUUCAAUUUUGCAAUUGCAAGGUUUGGUUUCGAGGAGAAAGUUGCACGGUGGUGAAGAUGGUGAGUUCUCCACACUGAGAUGAAGGGUCAUCUGAGAGUGCUGUGAGAUUAGGUCAAAACAUGGACAAACCAUGGGAUCGCCAAGCUGGGAGCGCCAGGGGUAUCACUAUUGUAGGUGCUUGAUUGGCACCAGUAGAUCCAUGUACCUCGAGAGAGUUAGUUGUCGUGGACGUGACACAAUGUGCGACAUUGUGGGAUUUGAAAGGCUAACUACUAUACGUUAUUUAAUUCUACUGGCGCCGGCCGCUCUUGUAACUUCCUAUCAGUGAUGCUUGUUGGACAAUAAAAGCGCUGAAAUGAUGUGGGAGGAUGAGAGGAGCUGAACUGGUGCAGUGUUCAAACUGCAGACAGAAAGGUUCUUCGUCAAGACGAGUGAUAAAAGAUAGAAGUGCAAGUUGGAGAAUGAGGCUGUACCUUAUAAUUGGAUCAGUAAAUUUAGGAAUCGUGUUUUGACAAAUUCAGAAUAGCUAUUUUUGCUCAUGAUCUGACCGAGUCUGACCAAGAUUUCCCUGCUGAUAAUGCUACCACGUAAAUUUCGAGUGCACUAUGCGUGAAUGUUAUUUUUAAAUUCUUCGCUAACGACCAUCAAAAUCCUGCCGACAAAAUCUUCUGGGAGCGCACUUCCUUCUCUGGCAACUUCAGAAGGCACUUGAAGUAAGACAGCCAGAAAUUGUGGCAAUUCGUUCUUGAACAGGAUGAAUACGCCUCAGUGGCCUGGAAAAUUACUCAAUCCUCAAAAAUCUCCAAUGACACAUAACAAUUUAGGACCAUUAGUUCAUGGACAUACUUCAGAGCUCUAGAGUCAUGUUUGAGGAUGAGCUGUGAAGCUUAUCAAUCAAGAUCGUGUGCGUGCAGACUUUCAGCAGUUCAUGCGAUAGUGGGCUUAUUUCUAACACUGAUGCAUGGCGAGACCUCCAGGAUCAUGUCGACGAGAUAUUCGGUAUGCACUUGAAAGAUUUGAUGCAAGACAGGGAAAGAUGUAAAAAGAAUUCAAUGGAAUCGUGCUUGACUACUCUAGGCAGCGUGCAACACAGUGCACUUUCCAAAAGCUUUUGGCUCUUGCCAAGGGUUUAAUGUACGAGCUGUCGCGGUGUUCUCAUCUCAGGAGCAGAGAUAAAUGCCAUGAGUGUGAAGUUUGCAAGAAGCGUCAUCAUAUUUUAAAUACAUCUAGUCCUUAACGUAAUGAUAGAUCAAUAAGACCGAGAAUCGCCCAGUAUUACACAUUGCGUUACGAGCGCCGCGAGGUGUGGAAAUCAUGUGUGAUGGAAAGGAUGUGAUGCGAGAGGUUUGGGAGGUGCUUGAUAAGAUCAGGUCCUUCUCAGAUCAAGUCCGAACGGGGACCUGGGUUGGUGAGACAGGGAAGGUUUUGACAGAUGUGGUUGCUAUCGGCAUUGGUGGGAGUUAUCUUGGGCCUCUUUUUGCCUACACUGCCCUGCAAACAGAUCCUGAGGCUGCCAAAUUAGCUAAGGGCCGCAGACUUCGCUUCUUAGCCAAUGUGGAUCCCGUCGAUGUUGCAAUCGCCAUCAAUGGCUUAAACCCAGAGACUACUCUCGUUGUUAUCGUGUCUAAAACUUUCACAACCGGUGAGACCAUACUGAACUCCAAGACUAUGAGAUCUUGGCUCAUAGCGUCUCUAGGACCAAGUUGUGUUGCCAAGCACAUGGUAGCUGUCAGUACUAAUUUGAAGCUCGUGAAGGAAUUCGGGUUGAAUCCCGACAAUUCAUUUGGGUUUUGGGAUUGGGUUGGUGGACGCUUUAGUGUCUGCAGUGCUGUUGGUAUAUUGCCGUUGGCACUUCAGUAUGGAUUCGCCAAAGUCCAGGAAUUUUUGGAAGGAGCGUGGAGUGUUGAUUGCCACUUUAAGACUGCUCCCUUGGAGGAUAACUUUCCAGUCUUGCUGGGAUUGAUCAGUGUUUGGAACGUCUCCUUCUUGCGCUGCCCUGCACGGGCUAUAUUGCCCUAUUCUCAGGCACUUCAAAAGCUGGCCCCACACAUUCAGCAGCUUAGCAUGGAGAGCAAUGGGAAAGCUGUGGCCAUGGAUGGAACACCAUUGAAUUAUCAUGCUGGAGAGAUCGAUUUUGGUGAGCCAGGCACGAACGGUCAACACAGCUUCUACCAGCUCAUCCAUCAGGGACGAUUAAUUCCUUGUGAUUUCAUUGGAGUCAUCAAGAGCCAGCAAGCAGUGAACUUGCAAGGCGAAUUAGUCUCUAACCACGACGAACUCAUGUGCAACUUUUUUGCUCAACCAGACGCGCUUGCGUAUGGGAAGACACGUGUUGAAGCAUGUAAAGAGGGCAUUCCUGAGGAAUUAGUCCCUCAUAAGAUGUUCACUGGAAACCGCCCUUCUCUCAGCAUCCUCUUGCCUACUUUGGAUGCGUACACUGCAGGCCAGUUACUAGCACUCUAUGAGCACAGGAUUGCAGUUCAAGGCUUUGUUUGGGGUAUCAACUCCUUCGACCAGUGGGGAGUAGAGCUGGGAAAGAGCCUAGCAACAAAAGUGCGUCAAACAAUGCACAAUUUCCGGACGAAGGGAGAGAGUGUGUGUGACUACAACUACAGCACCACUUUCAUGCUUAACCGCUUCCUUCAGGGUAAGGAAAAGCUUCUGCACAGCGCAACUUGGCUCCUUGUUGAGGGAUUCUCUUCCUUAAGAACUAAGUGCUGCACAAGUAUACAACUGUUAGGGGCACUCAUGCAGGUUUCCAGAUGCGCAACAAUGCAUUUAUGUGGGUAGGGGACCUGGGUUUUGUCAUUCACCCAGUGCAGGGUGAUGCAUUUUGGUCCAGUGUUUAUGGAUUAAAACGAAAAUUAAAUGCCAAACAGACCUCAUCUAUUUAAAUAUGUUGCUGUGAAGCACGUUGCGAGCAAUGCGGAAUCAACAAUGAGCCAAAGGCUCCACACAACGAGUUUUGGAAAGACGAAUUCGGCAGCGAGUAAGAGCGAAGUCAUCGUGUAGGUGGUCCCUUGGGACAAAAGAAGUAAAGACAGGUAUACCACCUCCAUCUCUUCCAUGAUACAUCGACUGCUCCGAUUCAAUUUCCAAUAGCCCUGGUUGUGAACUUCCGUUAUCAUUAUUAAUAGAUCCACAAAAUCUGGCCAACCAAAUGCCACAAUCUGACUUUUCCA